GUAGGUUGGACUUAGCCAAGUUUUUUGGGGGAGCAAUUAUAAAUUUUAGACUGUCCCAAAUUUAUACAUAAAGAAAAUUUCUGCCAUCUGUGGAAGUGUUUAAAUAUAUAAAUCAUAAAAUUUUCAAAAAUGUUGGAUUGGGACUUUGUUGAUAAACCAAAAUCUGGUACUGAAACCGCUUUGGAUGCGUGUGAUUAUUUUGUGGAUGAAGUUAUGGAUGUAACUAGGUGUUUAGAUGCCCGCGAACAAGUUCGUGUCAUUAAACAUCGGGAAUUACGUCAGGCCGUUACUACCGGUGAUGAGCGAAUAGUGCGUGUAUUGCUAGAAGCCUUAGGAAGUGAAAGGCAAAUUAUUGUCAAUAUGGCAUUGGCAGGAGCAAAUACGUUGUUGUUCUUAGCUGCUCAGUCAGGCUUUGAGAAUAUAACACACCGCUUACUUGAUGCUGGAGCAGAUGGUCGCUCGCAUGCUGUUACGAAAUAUUCUCCUCUUUAUAUUGCCGUCCAUCAUGGUCACUACAACAUAGCAAAAGUCAUGCUAGAAAAAUUUGCAGAUUUAAUUCAGCAACCAACAGUAGAACGUUGGUUUCCAUUACAUGCUGCUUGUAUUAAUGGUCAUAUCAAAGUGCUAGAACUACUAAUAAAUUUUCCAUAUCCAGAAUAUCUCUACUCAACAUAUCGAGAUGAAGAAGGUAUAUGGGAGUGGCGAUUGCCGUUUGAUCCUAACGCUCAAGAUGUGACAGGUCAAACAAGCUUGUACAUAGCGAGUAUACUCGGUAAUAAAGAAUUGGUAAAUGUCCUAUUAAAAUGGCGUGCAAAAUGUUUCAAGGUCCUUUCAUGUACAAGUCCAAACAGCACAACUGUAACACCAACACGAAAGCGUAUAUCAUUUGGCAUACAAGCAAUUAUGUCCAAACUAAAUAUAUCUGCUGAGGGCGAUAAUAUAGUUAAGGAAGAAAAUGAGACUGAAAAAUGUCCAAUAAAUUUGAAUUUAUUGUGUGGUGCUGCGCGUGAAACGGCUCUCUUAGCAGCUGUCAGAGGAGGCUUUUUGGAUGUAGUUGCUGUAUUGCUGCAAUAUGGCGCUAAUCCUAAUGUAAUUGCGAAGCCAGUAGAAGAUCAAAAUGAUCCUAAAUGUAGUGAAGAAAUAUAUGGGUUAAGUAAUAUUCCAAUUGCUGAGGCAUGUAAGCAACGUUCGCUGCCUAUGGUGGAACUUUUGCUAAAUCAUGGUGCCCGAGAUGACAACGGAACUGCUUUGAGUGUUGCUAUAGCAGCUGAAGACGAGGCUAUUUUGAAUCGUUUAUUGUCGAAACGUAUACAUCCCGAUUCAGAUUAUAAAAUAAAUAAAAAGGGUCUUCCAACUCCAGUUGAGGUUAAAGUGUUUUUACCAUCUGCUUCGAACAUAUCUUAUAGCACAAUGUUUCCAAAUGUACCAACGAUUAUAGACUGGCAUAAUAACACAAAUGUGCAGUUACCAUUCAUACGUGUUAAUUGGAUGGUAAAUGGUGUACUGCAAUUGAAUCCGAAAUUACAUGGACAUCCUAGAAUCACAGAAGUAGCAUUGACAGCUAUUACUCGUAUUGAUUUCUCACACAAUAAUUUAAGCAGUGUUCCUGUGGAAAUUUUUAAUUUAGUGAGCUUAAGGUAUCUUAAUCUUGCACAAAAUAAAAUUAAUCAAUUACCACUGCCAUUGACUUCAUCAAAUGGUGCCAAACCUUCUUAUAGCUGUCCAGUUUUAGAUGAGCUUUUCAUACAAGAUAAUCGUUUGUUUUCUAUACCUGCAGAAAUUUUUCAUUUACCAUGCUUAACCAUUUUGGAUAUUUCCAACAACAAACUACAAGAAAUGCCGUUUGAUAUGUGGAAGGCACCAAAAUUACGCGAACUAAACAUAUCAUUUAACUUGCUCAAAGACUUGCCAGUACCACCAAUGCAGACUUCAACAUCUCAGGUUAGUUUAGAUAAAUUAGAUUUAGAAGCAUUUUCCCAUUUGGAUGGUUCCGAUAUUCACAAAAGCAAACCACGCUCACUUGUUACACAUCAAGUCUUACAUCGCAAUAUAUGGUGCAGUUCGCUGGAUAUAAUUGAUAAUGAUCUGAAGUGGAAUGAAUCCAAGCAAGAAGAUGGUGCUUCGCAAUUAAAUAGUAUAAAUAUUGCCAAUAAUUUGUUUACUAGCAUUCCAGUCGCCUUGCCAUGUUUAGCAGUUAGUCUAACAAGAUUAAAUAUGUCUUAUAAUAAUUUGCGGUCAAUGGGACAUGUCACAAGUUAUCCAUCGACACUCAAACAACUUGAUCUCAGUCACAAUGAAAUAUCCUGCUGGCCAAGCUUGCCUCGCAUUACCGAAUCUGAUCCGCAUUUACUUUGUUACAGCUAUACAGAACGAGCUAAUAAUAGUGACACUGAUGACCAUGUGUCUUCAUUUUCAAAAGCAUGCAGUAGUAAUAAAACUACGUCUUUCCGUAGUACUGUGUUAAGAAGUGUUUGUAGGCAUCGUCGUCAUUUGCGUUUAGAAUCAUUGCGCACUCUAAUUUUAGCUGAUAACCUCCUAACUCGCAUACAGCUUUCAACCGACGAUAUUACAACAUUAUUCAAUGAAUCUGAUGAUGCAGAUUGGAGUGUUGUUGGUAUUACCAAAUCCAAAUUAAUUUUUCCAAAUUUAUCGAUGUUGGAUAUUAGCAAUAAUUGCUUAAAAGAAAUUCCUUCAUCUCUGCACGAACUCAAUAGUUUAAGUGUUUUAAAUAUUAGUGGAAAUAUUAAUGUUACAGACCUACCGGCCCAUUUAGGUUUAUUGUCUCGAUUAUGGAAUUUGAAUACUAGGGGUUGUCUUCUUCAAGACCCUCUAAGAUCGAUGAUAGAAAGUAAAAAAUAUAAAACAAUGGACAUUAUUGGAUAUCUUAAAUCAAUAUAUGAAGAUGCACAACCGUAUGCACGAAUGAAAUUGAUGGUAGUUGGUGUUCAGGGAAUUGGUAAAACGACGUUACUGGAUCUUUUAAGGCAAGGUGGAGCAGGUUCACAUAGAUCACGUGCUUCUGAAAAUCAUUGGGCAAAACGUAUGGGUCACACAAGGAAUCUGUCUAGAUCAACUACGCGUGACAGUAACAUAUCGACUGUUGGGGUCGAUAUUGGAACGUGGAUUUGUGAAAAGCGUAGAAAAGCACCAGGAUCGCAUGGACCAGUUGUAUUUAGAACCUGGGAUUUUGGUGGACAAAAAGAAUAUUACGCUACACAUCAGUAUUUUUUGUCAAAACGUAGUUUGUAUUUGGUACUUUGGAAAGUAACAGAUGGCCACAAGGGGCUUUCAGAAAUAUUGCAAUGGCUUGGAAAUAUACAGGCACGUGCACCUAAUUCCCCUGUCAUUAUAGUUGGUACUCAUUUUGAUGCAGUUGGGGAAUCAUUUUCAGCAGAGAAAGCAGAGGAAUUACAGCAGAUUAUACGUGAAAAGUUCAUAGCUAUUCCUGAUGCUGAAAAAAUUGGUUUACCACGAGUUAUUGAUUCUAUAGAAAUAAGCUGCCGCACAAUGCAUAACAUACGUUUAUUAGCUAACAUUAUUUACGAUACAGCUUUUAUGUUACGUUCACCUGGUUCCAAAGAGCCAUUGCUUUUGCAAAAAAUUCCCGCUAGUUAUAUUGCACUUGAAGAUAUAGUUCAUGUAAUUUCGUGUAAUUUACGUGCGAUGGGCAUGGAUCCCGUGUUGGACGCCGAACAGUACAAGAAAGUUGUAGUUGAGGAAAUGCGAUUGCAUAAUUACAAAAGCUUUAGAGAUGUUGCCGAACUUAACCAGGCUUCUAUGUUUUUGCAUGACAACGGUGUUAUUCUCCAUUAUGAUGAUGCUACUCUUAGAGAUUUUUAUUUUCUUGAUCCUCAAUGGCUAUGUGAUAUGUUGGCCCACGUUGUUACUGUAAGAGAAAUAAAUCCUUUUGCCCGCACUGGUGUUAUGAAGCUAGAUGAUCUUAACUUACUUUUUCGAAAUACGAGCACACAGGGUAUUAAUAAUCGUUGUUAUAUUACAAGUUUAUUAAAUAAGUUUGAAGUAGCACUGACGUGGGAUUCUCGCACGUUAUUGAUACCGUCUCUUCUACCACCUAACGAAAAUGAAUUCCCAAGUGGUGGUACAACAAUUAAGAUAUCGCAGAGAUCACGAGGCCGUAGUGUAAACCUGAGCAACUCUAUAUCGAAAGAAAUGAGUACAAAUAACUUAAAGUUUGAACCACAGUGUACGGUUAUGAAUGAUAGCAAUAAUUUAGAAAUGGGUUUAAGGCGAAUACUACUUAUGACUUAUUUUCCCUCUGGAUUUUGGUCAAGACUUUUAACACGUGUGUUGGCGGAUGAACAAAUUAUAGAUGCCAUUAAAAAUGCAUAUGUUAUGUGUUCUGAUAGGUUUUUUGAUUUUGAUUUACGUAUUUCAUUGGAUCAAAAUACGUUUUGGAAUCUUUGGCAAAAUGGGUUAUCUCUAUAUUACGGUUCAAUUUUAAUAUUGAAAAUUUGGGAGGUGCCAUUUCAGACAUCAGUAAAAACGCAUAUAUUUCGUAGUACUACUAAUCGCUUUAAACUUAAAGUGGAUGGAGUUUGGAGUGAUGUAAAUAUUGCCUCAUCAAGUAUUUUAGAAAUUCAUUUUCCUCUUUUAAAUAUAAAUGUAAGUCAAGAAGGUAAUGAUAAUCAGCUUCUAGCUCAAAUUGAGCCUAAUAUGUCAGUAAUUGCAAAAUUAUUGGCUCUAGCUGUUGAUCAUAUUGAUUUGCUUUUAGAGGAUUGGUAUCCUUCAUUAGGAACUCGUUUUGUACACACAUCUGAAGGACGGUUUUUAAUAACACGGUUAGUGUUAUGCCCUAAAUGUUUAAGAAAACUUUGUAUUUUGGGUAAUGGAAAUGGAAAUGGAAAAGAUAUAUGUGAAGGCGCUGAUAAUAGUACAAAUGCUACUAAAUCUCGUAUAAAUAACAAGAGAAUUUUUUUUAUGCAUAGCGAUGGCUUCGAUGAUAGUGUCCCAAAUGUGUUCUCCGCAUAUUUAAAUGCAACUUCUAGAAGGGAAAGGCGUUCAGAAGAUUCGCUUUGCCUUUCUGAUGCUGAUUCGGGAGUUGGUCCCGAUUCAUGUUCUUCUUCUAGAACUACUUCUGUAGAUGGACAUCCUUUAUAUAACAUACCUGACAUAUCUAAUGUAUGUUAUUCUUGGAUGAUUGAAGAAUGCAUUUUAUCUGUAUAUAAUCAAACAAAAAUAUGUUGUCCAGUUCAUUUGGAAAUGGAUAUGAUGAAAUUAGCUCCAGACGUUAUAUUUGCUGAUAUACCAGAAAAAUAUACCAUAAAUUCUGAUAGUAUCGUGAAAGGCUCAUUACUCGGACGUGGAGCAUUUGGAUUUGUUUUCAAGGCAACUUGCAAAAUUAAAGGCUCUAGAGUAUUUAAAUCAGUCGCUAUGAAAAUGUUGCAACCCGUACCACCUGGGCCAAGAGCAAAAGAGAGUGCUUUAAUGGCUUAUAAAGUUGCGUUGGGUAAAUGGGAUCGAGAUCCAUUACAGCAUGCAUGCAAAGCAUAUUGUACAGCUAGACAAGAACUGGCGGUACUACUUACAUUAAAACAUCCUAAUAUCGUACCGCUUGUUGGUAUAUGUAUUAAACCACUAGCGUUAGUUUUGGAACUUGCACCCAUGGGUGGUUUAGAUUUGAUAUUGCGCCAGUAUCGUCGAAGUGGAGCGCACAUAGGACCACAUACAUUUCAAAUACUGGUUCUGCAAGCUGCAAGAGCUAUUGAAUAUCUACAUAGAAGACGAAUUAUAUAUCGUGAUCUUAAAUCGGAAAAUGUUUUAGUAUGGGAUUUUCCGCAACCACAUGCAGACGAUAAUCCUAGAAAUUGUGUUCAUAUUAAAAUUGCUGACUAUGGCAUAAGUCGUCAAAUUGCACCCAGUGGUUCUAAAGGAUUUGGUGGAACUGAGGGUUUUAUGGCUCCUGAAAUAAUACGUUACAACGGUGAAGAGGAGUAUACAGAAAAAGUGGAUUGUUUUUCAUUUGGAAUGUUUAUAUAUGAAAAUAUAAGCCUGCGUCAACCAUUUGAAGGACAAGAGUCAAUUAAGGAAUGUAUUUUAGAUGGUAAUCGUCCUCCAUUAACUCAACGUGAGACACAAUUUCCAACAUAUUGCUUAGAUUUGAUGGUGUUAUGCUGGGAUGAAUUGCCAAAGAAGCGUCCUUCAGCUAGUCAAAUAGUUUCCAUUUUAACAGCUCCUGAGUGUAUUCAUUUAUUAGAUGUUAUUGCUUUGCCUACCACGGAUAAAAUUGUAUGUGGUGUUUUUAAUACAGUGACAACAUCUGAAGAUGACAUUACUGGCUUUGAGUUGUGGUUGCCUGCUUAUAAUUCACAUAUUGAUAUACUUGAUAUUACUGCCUUUGGUAAUUUCCUGCAAUGUAGUAGUAUUGUAUGUACUAAUAAGUUGCAUUUGGAGCAAUCACCUCGGGCUGAAACUCCAUCAAAUAGAGCCCGAUCAGGUACUCGAGUUCACAAAAUUAAUAUGCUGUGUUGUUGCAUAAUUGUAGAUUCUAUAUGGAUAGGUGAUGCAGCAGGGCAUUUACAUGCAUAUAGAAUCUCUGAGUAUGAGCAUGUAUUUUCUUAUAUGUUGGAUCCUGCAAUAAAAUCACCAGUAAUAAGUUUAGUCUAUUUAGAAAAAAUACAGCGUGUUGCAGUUGGAUUACACAACGGUCGAGUGUUUUUAGUUGACGCUCAGAUAAUACCUACAAACUGUGCUUUUGCUGAAGGUUCAUUUGUUCUGACAGAAAUUUGUGCAGGGUUAAUAAUGCAUAGUGCUUGUUAUGUUAUGACGGAAAAUAAUUACGAACUUUGGUGCGGUGAGAUGGCGGGUAAAAUUAAUAUAUUUCCACUGAGCUCUACAGGUGUGUGUGGGCAUCAAGCCUUAUUACAUAAUGAUGAACCAAGUGCUAUAGAGGAUGUUAAAGUGGCACGUAUGUGCUCAAAUAAUGAGUUUGUUUUUACUUGCUUAUAUCCGGGUUUUAUGGUAUACCAAUGGAAUACAAGUACCAAGCAAAUUGACAAUAAAUUAGAUUGUUCCAAAUUACUACCAUGCUCUGAAUCUUUGAAGAGUAUCGCCAUUGAUGAGCACUUGAGUUUGAUAAAGUGUCAGAUAUCGGCUUUAGCAGUGCAUUUAACCGAACUUUAUAUAGGCACCACUUGGGGAUGCUUAAUAAUCGCAGAAGUAAAUUCUUUACGCCCAAUAACAGUUUUUAGACCUUAUGAAAAUGAAAUUAAAGCAAUAAUUCCAAUACCAAACAAAAAUUCACCAAUUAUUGCCACAAUUGGUAGACGAUAUCGAUCUCUUAUUUCAAGAUAUAUGGAUGAUACACAGACUACAAAAAAUAUUUCCACUUCAAACCAAUCUGAACCAUUUAAAAAUAGUCCAAAAACAACUUCAGUUGAUAUUGACGACCAUAUCCAUUGUCUGUUGUGGCGUGCAAAAGACUGGACAUAA